GUGGCGUUUGGUAUGUUUUUAGCCAGGAGUUAGUCUUGACAACUUGAUAUUCCUGAGUCACAUUAGAUUCCAAUCGUACUUGUGUGUUUGUUUAACCUUACAGACAGUGGUCUCUGUUUUUGCACGCGGUUGAAGGCUUUUGACCAGCGCUUGGUAUCGUCAACGGUUGCACUUGUUAUCAAUAACAUCACUUUAAGCCAACGUUAACCUGCUGUCGUUGUUAACGUUACGUUUUAUAUUUAAGCAACAUACAUCAUUUUAUAAACCCCUAUCCGGCGAAACCUAAAAAGGGGAUCGAUUCACGGGUAGCUAAAGCUUUAUUCAAGCAUCGCACCUUUAAGGUUAGUUUAGCUUAUGCUAAGCUAACCUAAAAAAUUACAUUGUCACAUUUAUAUGUAAGACGACCAAACAAAAAAAGGUAAUGUUAAAUGAAUGUCAUCUUUCAGUGUAUGACAACGAGAAAACAAAAUAAAGGAAGUGUAAUUUCAAAGUAAUGUUAGCUUAGUAAAUAAGUCGAGGUUUUUGAUUGAGAGGAAAGAAAGUGAUGUCUGAGGUCAGGGUUAACCUGUGUGACUCGGAGAGUGGGCCAGGUCCUGACCCGAGGACAUCUCCCAGUACCGAAGCUUCUGGGCCGGACUUGCAGGGUCUUGUGCCUGCUAGUCCCCGGUCUUCUACAGAUGUUAGCCCCUCACCUUCUGCUGAGGCGAGUGGCUUGUUGUCAUUACCAUGGGAGAUGGUGACACACAUUGCCUCUCACCUUCCUGCUCAGUGUGUCAUCACUGUGCUGCCAAAGGUCUGCCAUGCUUUGGGCAAUGUGGGUAAGGACACCACCGCGUGGCAGCUUCGGGCACGCAGACUAAUAGGAUCCCGGGCUGUUUUUCCAGUGGGGCCAAGGGAAGACUUUGACUGGCCCUCUGCUUGCCUUGAGAUGGAGCAACUGAUAACCUGCUGGACAGGCCAAGGGCAUCUCGUGGCAAAACAGACCCAAGAGGAUGGGGAGGAAAAGGAAGACGUGAGGCAGCAGCAAAGGCCGGGGCAGGAUGAGGAGCCAGUUGUAGAAGGACAGGAAGAUGGUAGAGAGGGUGAGCUGGAAGGGGUCGGAGUGGAAGGGCAGGAGGUUGCCUAUGGUGUUGAUGAAGGAAUGGAGGUGGCAAUGGAAGGUGAAGAUGAUGAAAUGCAGCCCACCAUGGGCGGGGACCAACUUGCACGAUUGAGGGAAGAGUUGGAAGAGAGACUCCAGGAUGACGCAGCAGCUCUAAUGGUAGAAGAAAGGAACCACAGGAUGGUGUUCAAUGAUAUCGAGGCAUUAGGCGGUGCUCCAAAUCGCAUGGAUAACUUGGCGGACCCCAGGAAUCUGGGUAAUGGAAGACCGGUAGAGGUGAAGCAACGUCAACCCCCCAGAAGUCCUAGCCCACCUCCAGCACUGGAGUGCACCACCCUGCCUUCAUACCACAUUGCACAGGUCAACUCAGUCCUCCUUGUGGGGGGAGAGGGGGCAGUUUGCGCCACAGGCUCCAGAGACAGGAAUGUUAAACUGUGGGAUCUAAAGGCAGGUUCUGGCGGUUCCCUGCUGCACACACUAGGAGGGCAGGGGGAAUUCAGCACUCAUCGAGGCUGGGUCUGGUGCCUGGCGUAUCAGGGACCUCUGCUGGCCUCAGGGGGCUUCGACAGCACGGUGAGGCUGUGGGACCUACAGGCAGGGGGUUCAGAGAGGGGCCUCAUCAGGACCGGGGCCGCUGUCCUCUGCUUGUCCUGUCAAACUGAUGUUUUGGUGGCUGGUACAUUUGACAAGAGGAUCAGCAUGUAUGACACCAGAGCUGCUGAACCUCUGGUGAAAAGCCUCCGUCUCCAUGGUAAUGCUGUGAUGUGCCUAGCUGCAGAUGACAAGUACAUCAUCUCUGGGAGUAAAGACUGCACGGUGGCUGUCUAUGACCGUAGGGCAUGCAAGGGCUUGAAGAAACUUCGGCUGAGCUCUUACCUGCUGUCCAUGAGCUACAGUGGCUGUGAAAUAUGGGCAGGAGACAACAGUGGUAUGCUCCACUCCUUUUCCAUGCAGGCAGGGACCCUAAAACCCCUGUCCCAGUUUGAUGUGGGACACACAGCUCUGGUCACUGGCAUCCACAGGUCUGCUGGAAGCCUCUACACCUGUUCAUCUGAUUGCACUGUCAAGGUACAUAUCCCUUGUGCCCCUCCAAGGACUUUAUGCACAAUGCGUCACCAAGGUGGAGUCAAUGGGCUGAGCGUGGAGGCUGGAGUCCUUGCUGUAGCUUCGGGGGAGGAUUGUGUGGAACUAUGGAGGCCCAGAAACUGAACGAGGAAGACCUGCAAACUAUGUUGCAAGACUUUAAAUCAGGUGUUAAGACCAUUUAGCCUGUAAAACACCAUACUGGUCCUUUAGCAUUUUUUGCAAGAAGUUAGGACAGCUAAUGAUUCCAAUUGAUACCUGCGUGGUACAUAUAGCCAAACAAAGUAUUUCAUUUUGCUGCAGUAACACACACAAAUGUUCUUGGAAAUAUGCAUAAUCAGUUGCUUAGUUAAGCUUAAGAAGUUUAUUUAUUUAGCUUUUUCACCUGUUGAUGCUGAAAAUGUAUGUAGCCAAAAGCCCUCAACCCUUUUUCUUGAAUUCCUUGUUAAACCUGAGAAAUUUCUCUACGAACAAAACUACAAAUAUGUGAACACAAGAAACGUGUUUUUGUCGUUGCACUUAUUUACCUUUUGUGCCGGAAGAUUUCAAAGACACUUUGUUUGAAGCAUAGGAUCUUGUUGAUAGUGUUUACAUGCUUGUUAAUCCACCAAACUCAUUUCAAUAACUAAACUGUACCAAAAGCACUAGUCAUGUAUGGUGAAACACUUGUAUCCAAGCCCUCUGUGACACACAGAUUGUAUUUGUAAAUCUUUUACUUGAACACUGCUCAGUGCUAAUCAGUGUGAUCAGUUUUUUAGGUAUGUCUGCCUUGUGUGUAAGUGUGUGUGUUACUUUAUUAAAAGUAUUUAAUUGCUUGUAUGAAUCCCACCAUAAAUUAUUUUGCACAAUACUAGACAGUUCCAUCCAUUAAAGAAGUUACCAUUAAAUAGCCUGAAAAUCUUGUGUGUUGAGUUUUUUGUCUGCAUGUGUUUUCUGCCUUUUGGGGAGUUCUGAUGUCACAGCUUUAUGCCACAUGUUUAGACAAAGCCGCUUUUUCAAAGUUCAAAUUGUGAACUUGAGCUAUGUAAUAGUGUGACGUCCGUGUUGUCCCUGUAAUGGUGCCUGUCCCUUUAAUGAUUGUUCCCUUUCUUUCAUUAGCGCUGAUUGAAGGCACCUGGCUGAGCAGUUAAAGGCCGGAGCCAGAGUCUUACCCGGUCUCUCUUUUGGCUGAAGGACUCUGGGGAGAGCAGCCUCGUUUAUGCUUAGGUUUCCCUUUUGUUUUGGUUCGGCAUGCAACACUCUGCAUCAUACCAUGUUCACACAUCCACAUCUACACUACUGAUCUUACUAACACACCUCAUGAUGGUAGGUCUUUGAUUUGUUUGCUAUAAUAAAUAUAUUUUCUUAUAA